CGGCGGAGUCGUCGGUGGUGGCGGCGGCGGCGGCGGCGGCUGCGGACUGAGCGGGGAGUUUCCUACUUAAAGCUGAGCUGCGAGGAAGAUGGCGGCGGGCGGAUCAAAAUAUUUGUGCCGCAGUGGACUCAGAAACCAUUAAGAACAACCUUCUACCUGAAGUCAUUUGACUGGUUGGCCAGUUGCUGACCUUGUUCAAGAUGAGUGGACUAGGGGAGAGCUCUAUGGAUCCGCUGGCCACUGAUUCACGAAAACGCAAAUUGCCAUGUGAUACUCCAGGCCAGGGUCUUGCCUGUAGUGGUGAAAAGUGGAGACGAGAGCAGGAGAGCAAGUACAUUGAAGAGUUGGCUGAGCUAAUAUCGGCAAAUCUCAGUGAUAUUGACAAUUUCAACGUCAAGCCAGAUAAAUGUGCGAUUUUAAAGGAAACAGUGAGACAAAUACGCCAAAUAAAAGAACAAGGAAAAGCCAUCUCCAGUGAUGAUGACGUGCAGAAAGCAGACGUGUCUUCUACGGGACAGGGCGUCAUCGAUAAAGACUCCUUAGGGCCACUGUUACUCCAGGCAUUGGAUGGUUUCCUGUUUGUGGUGAAUCGAGAUGGAAACAUUGUAUUUGUGUCAGAAAAUGUCACACAAUAUCUACAAUAUAAGCAGGAGGACUUGGUUAACACAAGUGUUUACAGUAUCUUACAUGAAGAAGACCGAAAAGAUUUUCUUAAAAAUUUGCCAAAAUCUACAGUUAAUGGAGUUUCCUGGACUGAGACCCAGAGACAAAAAAGCCAUACAUUCAAUUGCCGUAUGUUGAUGAAAUCAACUCAUGAUAUUUUGGAAGACAUGAAUGCCAGUCCUGAAAUGCGCCAGAGAUACGAAACCAUGCAGUGCUUUGCCCUGUCUCAGCCACGAGCUAUGAUGGAAGAGGGAGAAGACUUGCAAUCCUGCAUGAUCUGUGUGGCCCGCCGCGUUACUACGGGAGAAAGAGCGUUUCCAUCAAAUCACGAGAGCUUUAUUACUAGACACGACCUUUCAGGAAAAGUCGUCAACAUAGAUACAAAUUCACUGAGAUCGUCCAUGCGACCUGGCUUUGAAGAUAUAAUCCGAAGAUGUAUCCAGAGAUUUUUUAGUCUUAAUGAUGGGCAGUCAUGGUCUCAGAAACGUCACUAUCAAGAAGCUUAUAUUCAUGGCCAUGCAGAAACCCCAGUGUAUCGCUUCUCCUUGGCUGAUGGAACUCUUGUGACUGCGCAAACAAAGAGUAGGCUCUUCCGCAACCCCGUCACAAAUGAUCGCCAUGGCUUUGUCUCCACCCACUUUCUUCAGAGAGAGCAGAAUGGGUAUAGACCAAACCCCAGUCCUAUGGGACAAGGUGUUCGACCUCCCGCAGCAGGCUGUGGCAUGAGCAUGUCUCCAAACCAAAGCUUACAGAUGCUGAGCAGCAGGGCCUACGGCUUGGCAGACCCCAGCGGCACAGGACAGAUGAGCGGAGCUCGGUAUGGGGCUUCCAGUAACAUGGCCUCACUGACGCCUGGGCCAGGCCUGCAGUCGCCCUCUUCCUACCAGAGCAGCAACUAUGGGCUCAGCAUGAGUAGCCCCCCACAUGGCAGUCCUGGUCUUGGCUCCGGCCAGCAGAAUGUCAUGAUUUCACCUCGUAACCGUGGGAGCCCAAAGAUGGCCUCUCAUCAGUUUUCCCCUGUAGCAGGUGUGCACUCUCCCAUGGGAUCCUCUGGCAAUACUGGGAGCCACAGCUUUUCCAGCAGCUCCCUCAGCGCCUUGCAAGCCAUCAGUGAGGGCGUAGGGACUUCUCUCCUAUCUACUCUGUCCUCACCAGGGCCCAAAUUGGAUAACUCUCCCAAUAUGAAUAUAAGUCAACCAAGUAAAGGGAGCAGCCAGGAUUCCAAGAGCCCCUUAGGCUUGUACUGUGACCCGAGCCCAGUGGAGAGCUCCACGUGUCAGUCAAAUAGCAGAGAUCACCUCAGUGACAAAGAGAAUAAGGAGAGCAGCAGCGCGGGCCCGGAGAACCCGAGGGGUCCUUUGGAAAGCAAAGGCCAUAAGAAGCUACUGCAGCUGCUCACCUGCUCCUCUGAUGACCGAGGCCGCUCCUCCCUGGCCAACUCCCCCCUGGACCCAAGCUGUAAAGACUCUUCGCUCAGUGUCACCAGCCCCUCUGGAGUGUCGCCCCCCACAUUGGGAGGCGUGUCUUCCACAUCCAACGUGCACGGGUCUCUGUUGCAAGAGAAACAUCGGAUUUUGCACAAGUUGCUGCAGAACGGGAACUCGCCAGCGGAGGUAGCCAAGAUUACAGCCGAGGCCACGGGCAAGGACACCAGCAGCACGCCUUGUGCAGAAGGAGGAGUCCGGCAGGAGCAGCUGAGUCCUAAGAAGAAGGAGAACAACGCGCUUCUUAGGUACCUGCUGGACAGGGAUGACCCGGGAGACACCCUCUCCAAAGACCUCCCGCCCCAGGUGGAGGGAGUGGAAACUAAGAUGAGCCAGUGCGGCGGCGGCGGCUCCACCAAUCCUAGCUCGAGUCAAGAGAAAGACUCCAAGAUAAAGACAGAAGCAAGCGAGGAGGGGUCUGGAGAUUUGGAUAAUCUAGAUGCUAUUCUGGGCGAUCUGACUAGUUCUGACUUUUACAACAACACUGUAUCUACAAAUGGCAGUCACUCAGGACCCAAGCAACAGACGUUUCCAGGAACUAAUAACUCUCUAGGGUUAAGAAGUCCACAGUCUGUGCCGUCCACUCGCCCGCCUUACAACCGGGCAGUGUCCCUGGACAGCCCGGUUUCUGUGGGCUCAAGUCCUCCAGUGAAGAGCAUCAGUGCUUUCCCCACGUUACCAAAGCAACCCAUGUUGGGUGGGAAUCCAAGGAUGAUGGAUAGCCAGGAAAAUUACGGCUCAAAUAUGGGUGGACCAAACAGAAAUGUGACUGUGAACCACACUCCUUCCUCGGGUGAUUGGGGCUUAUCCAGCUCAAAGGGCAGCAGAAUGGAUCCUGUGAGUUCACACUCCAUGGGAAGACCCGGAGAUUUCAGUGCUUCUUUACCCAGACCUGCGGUGGGGGCCUCAGUGCCCACCUUGCCUCUUAGGUCGAAUAGCAUACCAGGUACACGGCCAGCUUUGCACCAGCAGCAGCAGCAGCAGCAGAUGCUUCAAAUGAGGCCUGGAGAGAUCACCAUGGGUGUGGGAGUCAACCCCUACAGCCAGGCACCUCCACCCAGCCAGCCAGGUUCCUGGCCAGAGGCCAUGCUGCCCAUGGAACAAGGUCCUCACGGGAAUCAAAAUAGGCCUCUUCUUCGGAAUUCCUUGGAUGAUCUCCUUGGACCACCUGCCAACCCUGAAGGCCAGAACGAUGAAAGAGCCUUGCUAGACCAGUUGCACACACUCCUGAGCAAUACAGAUGCCACAGGCCUGGAGGAAAUCGACAGAGCGCUGGGCAUUCCUGAGCUUGUCAGUCAGGGACAAGCUUUGGAGCCCAAGCAGGAAGCUUUUCCAGGCCAGGAAGCAGUGAUGGUGGAUCAACAGGCAGCGCUGUACGGGCAGACAUACCCAGCCCAAGGGCCUCCAAUGCAGGGAGGCUUUAGUCUUCAGGGGCAGUCACCAUCUUUUAAUUCCAUGAUGAACCAGAUGAACCAACAAGGCAGCUUUCCUCUCCAGGGAAUGCACCCCAGGGCCAGUGUCAUGAGACCGCGGACAAACACCCCGAAGCAACUCAGAAUGCAGCUUCAGCAGCGGCUGCAGGGCCAGCAGUUUUUGAACCAGAGCCGGCAGGCACUUGAGAUGAAAAUGGAGAGCCCCACUGCUGGUGGUGCUGCUGUGAUGAGGCCCAUGGUGCAGCCCCAGCAGGGCUUCUUAAAUGCCCAGAUGGUCGCCCAGCGUAGCAGGGAGCUGCUAAGUCGUCACUUCCGACAGCAGAGGGUGGCAGUGAUGAUGCAGCAGCAGCAGCAGCAGCAGCAGCAGCAGCAGCAGCAGCAGCAGCAGCAAGCCCAGGCCUUCAGCCCACCUCCCAGUGUGGCCGCUUCCCCCAGCAUGGACGGCGUCUUGGCAGGAGCUGCGAUGCCACAGGCUCAACCACAGCAAUUUCCAUAUCCACCACAUUACGGAAUGGGACAACAACCAGAUCCAGCCUUUGGUCGAGUGUCCAGUCCUCCUAAUGCAAUGAUGUCAUCAAGAAUGGGUCCCUCCCAAAAUCCUAUGAUGCAGCACCCCCAGACUGCACCUAUGUAUCCGUCCUCAGAGAUGAAGGGAUGGCCAUCAGGAAGUGUGCCCAGAAAUAGUUCCUUUCCUCAGCAGCAGUUUGCCCCCCAGGGGAACCCUGCGGCAUACAGCACGGUGCACAUGAACGGCGGCAGCAGUCAACUGGGACAGAUGAACAUGACUCCCAUGCCCAUGUCUGGCAUGCCCAUGGGUCCCGAUCAGAAAUACUGCUGACGGACGCCCUGGGCCUGCAAGGAACCACUGUACAAAUGACGCUGCCGGAGGCGUGGAUCGUCCCGAGCUGAAGGAGGUGGCUGAGGCCUCGGGCUCCCCUGGCGGACCCCGGUGGUCGUCAAGCAGGACUGCAGCUGAGGCAGAGUCUACCUGCACCCCCCUGCCCCUCCCCCCCCCCCAGCGUCUGGGCAUCGCGGGGUUCCACACAAACACCUUUGGCUUUCUGCCUCAUCGGAUGUGAUUCUGGAGACGGGGCACACUCCUGACCACACUCUGCCAUCCCUUCCUUCUGCCUUGCUAGCGAAGCCUUCCAGCCCGUGUCGGCGGGCGAGGCCUCUCGUGCAGUGCCGGGCAGGGAGCACAGCCCGCCUCCAAGAGUUUUGUCACUACCAAGUAGUAGUUGUUGACCUGUCCAGCGGAAUUGGCGUUCUGUGUUUUUGUCCCUCACUGAUGGUGUUCCUAGUUUUUUGUUGUCCUAGGUUUUUCUCUUGAAGACUUUCAUUUGGUCCUAACGUCCUGUCAUACUCAAGGACUCUUUGUGGAUGUUCAGUGGCUUUGCAGAAGGGAACAUAAGGCGACAGUAUUGAAUCAGCAGCAGUGGCAAGUGUUUCACGUGCCGACGUGCAGCUGAGCGCACUUUAUCUAGAAAGUCGUGGAUAAAUGCAAUAUUCUGGAGUCAGCAAGGAAUGGCAAACCACAUUCCUCGUUUUUGUCUGCACUAAUCUGUUGGACAAGAACUGUGCUUUUUUUUUUUUUUUUUUUUUUUUAAAGUACUGGUGUCACCCUUUGCCUAUAUGGUAGAGCAAUAAUGCUUUUUAAAAAUAAAAUUCUGAAAACCCAAGGCCAGGUACUGCAUUCUGAAUCAGAAUUUUGCAGUGUUUCUGUGAAUAGAUUUUUUUUUUUUGUAAAUACGACCUUUAAGAUAUUAUAUUAUGUAAAAUAUGUACAUACCUUUUUUGUAGGUCACAACGACUCAUUUUUACAGAGUUUGUGAGGCUGAGUAUUUAACAUUGUCAACUGCAGUGCACCUUGUGGUGUGGCCGCAGACGCCCAGGGCCCACGGCCUGGGAGGUGUCGUGGUCCGGGCGGCCUUUCUGUCCCAGCCGCGGGGACCUCACUCUUUUCAGUCUCCUCAUCGAGAUGCUCUUUUUUUUUUUUUUUUAAUAGUAAUCCUUUGUUUAGAUGUAGGCAUUUGCAUUUUUUAAAAAUUCCUCUACCAAACUUUGCACUUUGUUAAUUUUGGGGGAAAAGAAUAGAUACAGGGAAAUGAGCUUAAUAAAAAGAAAUUAAAAAAAAAAUCAAGCAGUUUGAUUUCCAAAGGAAUCUUGAAUCUUAAGCAGUCCAUAAAUUAAAUAAUGAUAAUUUUCAAA